CUGUCCCCAAUUUAAUGUUUUGAACUAGAACCUGGGCCUCAUGAAUGCUCUGAGAGACAGUGAGAGAGUUUGUCUCUGACCCCCAGAUUAGUAAAAAAGAUUGCCCAUUUUUAAUGUCCUUCCCUUCAAAUCUCUGCUCAUUCUUUAAUUGCUUUGCUUUGGUUUCUUUGUUACCCAUGAGCAUUGAGAGCCUGAGCUGAUCCAGCCCUUUGUUGAUGAUGGAUUUUGGUAGUGGAACAAAAUCAUCUUCCUACAUGCUUCCUUUACUUGAUUGUUGAAGUAGUCUUGAAUUUGCAUCAGAAAAAUGGGAGUUGAAAAAGAAGGUGUGAGAAAUGGAGCAGGACAUGUGGGGGGUUUCUUUCAGCUGUUUGACUGGUCUUCAAAAUCUCGAAAGAAAUUAUUUUCGAGCAAGUCAGAUUUACCAGAGCAUUCAAAACAAGGAAAGAAAGGCUAUCGGAACUUUCCAGUGACACGGAAUCAUCCGGUCGAUGAGGAUGAAACUGGGGUAACAACGAGUGUCAAAGGUGGCAGUGACUAUAGUUGUGCUUCAUCAGUUACAGAUGAAGAAGGAUAUGGAUCUAAAGCCCCUAGUGUAGUUGCCAGGCUAAUGGGUUUGGACUCUUUACCCACAUCCAAUCUUUCUGAGCCCUACUCUACCCCAUUUUUUGACACCCAGUCUUUCCAAGAUGCUCCUUACCACAGGAAAAACGUUGAUUAUUAUCAUGAUCAUCAGUUAAUGUUUUCUGGAAACCUUCUCAUGGAGGCCCCUACUAGGAAUCCUGUGGAGCCAAAGCCCCAGAAGGUGCAUAGCAGACCAAUUGAGAAGUUCCAAACUGAAAUGUUGCCUCCUAGAUCAGCCAAGUCUAUCCCAAUUACACACCAUAAGCUUUUGUCUCCUAUUAAGAAUCCUGGCUUUGUUCCCACUAAGACUGCUGCGCACAUUAUGGAAGCUGCUGCAAGAAUGAUUGAACCUGGACCGCAAGCUACUGUCAAGGCUAAAAUGCCUCUAGUAGGGUCUUCUUCUGCACCUUUGAAGGUUCAGGCUCUCAAGGAAAAGGCAGAGGCUUCCCGGAAGGUGACACUGGUUGGGUCAUCUUCAGAAACCUUCAAAGUCCGAGAUUUAAAAGAGAAAGUGGAAGGUGCUUAUAAGACAGCUAGGCCUCCAGAAGUCUCUCGCAAGCCAGUUGAGUCAAAUGCUGCUAAGUACCUUAAGGGUCAGUCUUUGAACAAGAGCUGGAAUGGAUCUGUAGAUAUGCCCUUCAGAGCUUCAUCUGAUACAGAAGAAGAUACUUCAAAGAAUAAAGGAAAGUCCAUUUCUCUUGCAGUACAAGCAAAGGUCAAUGUUCAGAAAAGAGGUCAGAAUCCAAGUAGAAAUAGAAGCUUGGUGGGGCAGAGAGAACAGAAUGAGGCCAGCUCAAGCCAGCCCUUCAGGAGCCAACCAAAUGUUCAAAAGAACUUGCAUAGGAAACCUUCUACUCAUAAUGCUUCUGGUGCUCUUAAGCAGAAUAAUCAGAAACAAAAUUGUCUAAUGGAUAAAGACAAAUUACCUUCAAAACAUUUGGCUUCCAACUCGCAGGUCAGAAAAGCGCUUUCUGGGGAUUCUUCUUCUGGGCGUCACAAAAGCUCUAUUCGAAGUAAUGGAAACUCCAAAGUUGUAUCGAGGAAGUUAGGCUUAGAGGCAACAGAUAGUGCAAAAGAAGUUUCCUAUUCUAAUACAACGAAUUACACCAGGAAGAAGCGAACAAUAGAUGGAAAUUUCCAUUUUAAUAAAGACCAGGUUGUUGAUGGUAUGUCGAGUGACAAAAAUCAGAAGCCAGGUCAAUCUAAAUUAGUUACUGACAGACAGUAUAGUUGGUCUGAAGAUUGCAAAAAGAAAGGUGGCAUGGAUGUCGUUUCGUUUACAUUCACUGCCCCUCUUACACGAUCAUUUCCUGGGACUGAAAUCCCGGUUCAGGUCACACCGAAGAAUAACAGUAUUUGCAUGGAUCACCGGGGUAAAAGAUUGUUGCUUGACACUGAUAGUAUGAAGCUGUCUUCAUUGGGUUACAAUGUGAUAGGAGGUGAUGCUUUGAGUAUGCUUUUGGAACAAAAGUUGAAAGAAUUGUCUUAUGGAACUGAAUCUUCUAGUCACGACUCCAUGAAAGUAGGAUCAAGUUCAACUGCUUCUAAUGUGGAUGUGGACUCCAAUUUUAAUGCAGCUAGUGCUGUGAAAAGACUAAAUGAAGAGAGAGACCAACGUCUGUUUGUUUCAGACAAAUUGGGUGGCCUGUAUGACUCUGAAUUGUCAUCCACUGAUCGUGCUGCUUUCAGAUCUAAGCAGAAGUUUCAGGGAGUUGAUAAGGUGGACGAGUAUAGCAGCAGUCAUAUUGAAUCUGGAAAGACGCUUAGUUGCCGACAUCCUAGUCCAGUCUCAAUUUUGGAACCCACUUUUUCAAAUGAAAGUUAUGACUCUUCAGUUAGCAGUGAUAGUAAUAGCACAGAAGCAAGCAAGUUAUGUUCUUCCAUUCGAGCUCAAGAAGUCGAUGGUUUAUGUUCUUCAAAGAAGUUCCACUCUGUAGAAGCUGAUACUGAGUUAUCAGAUUCUGCUUCUUCCACCUCCACUGGAACUGUGGCAAGAAACCAUGCAGCUACAGUAUACAUGCCGAAUCCUUGGAGAUCAGAUGAAUGGGAAUUGGGGUACAUAAAGGAGACACUGUGUAAUGUGGAAUUCAUGUUUCAAGACUUGGCAUUGGGUCGAUCCCACGAGAUCAUAAACCCUCAUCUGUUCAAUCUGUUGGAGAGUCGAAGAGGACGGUUUGAAAAAGAUGGUAGCAAGUCCAGGCUAAGGCGAAAGGAAUUAUUUGAUUGUACAAGUGAACGCUUGGACUUUCGAUGCAGGCGUUAUGUGGGUGGGGGAUACAAAGCAUGGGUUAAAGGCACAGCAAUGGUGAGAAGAAAGGACAUCUUAGCAGAAGAAUUCUACAAAGAAUUCUCAGCUUUGACUAGCAUGGGGGAUUGUAUGGUGGAUGAGCUCGUGGCUAAGGACAUGACCAGCCAGUAUGGAAGAUGGCUCGAAUUUGAAACUGAUGAAUUUUCACUCGGAGUUGAGAUUGAGGGUCAAGUAUUUAAUUCUUUGGUCGAUGAAGUGGUUGCUGAUAUCCUGAAAUUAUAAUUGCUGCAAAAGUCAAAACAGUGUAAUUUCUCUGUUAGCUCCGCCUCAGCCCUCAAGUCUCUGCAUAUGGUUUCUUGCGGAUGUUGUAGUAUGUUGAUAUUAUUUCGUAUUCAAGUCAUUGGUUUAUUGAUUGCCUGUAAUCUAUAAAAUCUUUGUAGAUCACUAUUAGCUUUGUGGUUCAAAUUGCAGCAAUUCUCAUAUUCCACCUGUUCAUGUUGA